ACGAGACCAAAACAGGAACUGAUUUACAUUUGAAAACCCGAAGUGCAGAAUGUAAUAAACGACAAUAAACUGCCAUUUCAUUUAAACAACAACAACAACAACAACAAUUUCUAUAAGAGCUGCGUUUAAAUAAGUGCGAAUGGAUCGCAAAUGGACUGUAUAAACCUGCCAAAUUAAAUCUAUCUAAACAGGCAGAUGAAUCUAUAAAGCAUCAUUCCUUAUGUAGUGUGUGUAGACCAUCCGUUUGUUUGCGUUUGCAUCUGCAAUUGCAAAUGACCUGCUUGUUUAUGAAACAUAUGCAUGCACGUGAGCUGAAUGCGCGGAACAUUUCCAUAUAUAGGCUUCGGCACCAAGCGCUUCUGAACGACAGCCGCGGAUCCCAGCACGGCAGACAUGACAUCCCCCGAGCAGAUCAUCGAGAUCGUGAUGGAUGACAAGACGUACAAUGUGAGUAAAAGCAAGCUGAUCGAGAAGAGCGAUUACUUCCGCGCGCUCUACAGCUCCGGGAUGCGCGAGUCCGCGGAGGAGUCGGUGCAGCUGCGGGGACUGAGCGCGCCGGGGCUGGAGCUCGUGCUGGAGUUCAUCAACACCUCCCAAGUUCAGGUGGCCAACGAGACUCUGGAGGACCUGAUCGAGACCGCGUCCUUCCUGCAGGUCACUUCCAUUUUAAAGCUGCUGCUGUCGGAAAUCAAGCAGGAGAACUGCGUCGAGCUCUUCAAGCUCUCUGAUGUCUACGGGAUGCACGAUCUCAGAAAAGCUUGUUUGAAAUUCAUGAGCUGCUAUUAUCACCCCAUGCUGCGCAGGCCGGAGUUCAGGAUGCUGCCAGCUCCCCUGCGGGAUCAGAUCCGAGAUAUGCGCAUGAAAGGCACGGCCACUUUAGUUGCAAUAGGAGAUUUCACUGACACCUGUCUGGACCUGGCAAAUCAAGACGAGCCUUGGUCUAUGUUGAGGUAUAACGAGCUAGAACAACGCUGGAAACCUCUAGCCAACAAUCUUCCCCAGGACAUGAUCAAUGUCCGAGGAUAUGGAUCUGCUGUGCUGGACAACUACUUGUUCAUUGUUGGUGGAUACAGAAUGACAAGCCAGGAGAUCUCUGUGGCCCACUGCUACAACCCCUGCAAGAACGAGUGGAACCAUGUGGCACCUUUGAACCAGAAGAGAUCCAACUUCAAGCUCCUGGCCGUGAGUGGGAAGCUGUAUGCGGUCGGAGGACACUGUCUGAGUACGGUGGAGUGUUAUAGUCCCGAGCAGGACUGGUGGACGUGUGUGGCGUCUCUGCCUGAUCCUCUCGCUGAGUUCUCUGCCUGUGAGUGUCAGGGCAUGAUCUACGUCAUGGGCGGUUAUACCUCUAGAGAUAGGAACACCAAUGUACUGCGUUACUGCCCCGCCUCAGACUCGUGGUCCGUGUUCCGUUCCUGUUCGGCUCAUGUGCGCAAGCAGCAGAUGCUCUCAGUGGAGGACACCAUCUACCUGGUGGGUGGCUACACACACGAGCUAGAACCUGCAGAACUGGGGCGGCGGAGACUCAGCCAGACAGAGGACAUGCUGACGGUACAGUCUUACAACGUGCAGACGGGAGAAUGGUUGCAACUUAAGGAAAAUACAUCAAAGUCUGGCUUAAACCUCACCUGCACGCUACACAACGACGGCAUCUACAUUAUGAGCAGAGAUGUCAGUCUGCCCACCAGCCUGGAGCACCGCGUCUUCCUCAAGUACAACAUUUUCUCAGAUGCCUGGGAGGCUUUCAGACGUUUUCCUGCUCUGGGACAGAACAUGCUGCUUUGCUCUCUCUACCUACCCAAUGUCCUAUGAGCCACACUGUUCAAGCUCUGGGCGUCUGGAGAAGACUGUAGACUGCUGGGGAACACUGAUUUCUUGCUAGAGGUUUACCAAAAUGCUUUACCAGAUCGGAUUGAUCAACCAACACAAAGAACCUGCAGGGGACAUUAAAGGAAUAAUACAGCCAAAAAAUUCUAAUUUUGGUCAUUAUUUACUCCCCUUCAUCUGUUUGACUUUAAGAGAGUGUUUAAAUUUAAUUUUUUUCAUGGAAGGAAAAAGUCUCACUUGAAACAACACCUAGGUGAGAAAAUGAUAAGUGAUGGCAGAUUUAUUUUGGUGAAAUAGUCAUUUAAAUUCUAAAUAAAGGACAAAAGUUUGACUUUGAUGAUUAAAAUCAGAAGUCAUGAAAGAAUGUUUAAAAUUCACGCACCCUCAGGCCAUUCAAAGAUAAAGAUGAGUUUAUUUCUUUAUCGGAACAGAUUCAGAGCAAUGUAUUCAGCAUUGCAUCUCUUGCUCACCAGUGGAUCCUCUGUAGUGAAUGGGUGCCGUCAGAAUGAGAGUCCAAACAGCUGAUAAAAACAUCACAAGAAUCCACACUCCUCUAGUCCAUCAAUUAACAUCUUGUGAAGCUAAAAGCUUUGUGUUUGUAAUAAACAAAUCCACCAUUAAGGAAUUUUAACUUUAAAAUACAAGUCCAUAAUCCAAAUGACUUCCUCCAGUGAAACAAUUCAUACCCUCUUGCCCUCUCACAUCAAAACACAUUUGUUUAGAACUGUUUUAGACUUGUAAACAGUGCUUGAUCAGUGCAUAUUUCUCUUCUGAUUCAGACAAGAUGGCUUUUUCACUGGAUAACGCAAUAUUAUUGAUAGACCACUCAUAUUCAUUCGUUUGUGCAUAGUUAAAAACAUCUUGAUGUAUUUGUUCAUUAAAAACACAGCUUUUUUUCCACUUUGCGAGAUGCUGGUUGAUGGACUGGAGUCAUUUAAGUUACUGUAAUGCAUUUAUCAGCUUUUAUCAGUCUCAUUCUGACGGCACCCAUCCACUGCAGAGGAUCCAUUGGUGAGAAAGUGACUUAAUGCUACAUUUUUCCAAAAAUGUUCUUUUGAAGAAACAAAUUCUUGGAUGACCUGAGGGUGAGUACAUUUUCAGCAAAUUUUCUUUUUUCUGUGAAUUACUCCUUUAAUAUCUCCAUCAGAAGUUCUGUUGAGGUAUUCAAAAUCAGUUUUAAUAUACAUGUAUCAUUUUAUUUAUCUUGGCAGAGAGAAAGAACACUACAAGAGAUGCACCAGACAUUUUCAACCUGCACAGAAUCUUCCAAUGCCAAUGCAUGAACAGAACCUUAAAUAUAUAUUACAUGACUUACUAAUAUACAGAUGCACAAGUGAAGGCUUCAGAUUUAUAAAGCCUGCAGAUGAUAUGAAAACACUUAACUCGCACAAGCUGAUUAAACAACUUAACAUGAAGAGUAAUUAAAGACAUCAAAGAGAUAGUUCACUCGAAAAUGAAAAUUCUGUUAUCAUUUACUCACAUUAACGUCAUUCCAAAUCUAUGUGAUCAUCUAACCCUUUUUUUGGUUCAUAAAAUUAAAGUCGGUGGGGUCUGAUGUUGUUUUGGACCACACUGACUUCCAUUAAAUGGACAAAAACUUAAAAAUAUCUUAGUGUUUCGCAGUGAAAAGAAAGCAAAAACGUGAUGUUAUUGUCACAGUGUUAGCAUUUUUGGGUGAACUGUGCCUUUAAGAUCCAAUGUGCCAGACUAAAUGAUGAUUGUUGAAAAUGUUAUAGACUAAAAGUUGUCGAUUUUUGACUUAAUUACACUUUCAAUAGUCUUAGUUGAAUUAUUUCAUUUAAGUGUCUUAAAAUGUGCUGCACAGAUGAAGCACAAAUACAUAAGCGCCUGACCUAACCGCUGUGAUGUAUUUUUGCAUUAGGUUGAGUGAGAUGACCUGUUCUUUUGAAAGAAAAGGAGAUUAAUUUUAUUUUAAGUGUUAAGUACUUUAUACUUAUGUUCCAUUUACUCUUGGUUUUACAUUGUUUUGAUUAUUUUUUUAUAUGUAUGUUGAGCCAAAAUGGAUGAUGGUUUUGUUGAGCAUUCCCAAGUUGCCUUGAAAAUGUAAAGGAGUAAGUUAAAAAUGUUCAGGGAAGCAAAUAAAAGACUUUAUAUUA